CUCAGUGGAGCAACCAAGUUGAGAAGAUAAUUGUAUUCAGGCGUUCCUCCAGGACACUUGUCCUUCCGCUCUUUUGCCCCUCAUGGCACAGGCCAUCUCAUCCGGUCGUCGGUCAAGCUUGGACUCUCUAGAUCUGUCAGGCUCACCGAUAACUUCGCCAACGUCUCCAUAUUCACCAUCUGACAGUAUAUCUGUCCUUGAUUCGUCUUCAGCACUCGUGCUCCUUUCCAACCAAGAUGACCAGGACUCUUUUGACUUCAGUAGCGAUGAAGAACAUGAGGAAUGUGACUCUCAGCUGGAGACUGCGAAGCUUGCCAUACCUCCUCUUCAGGCACCCACAAUCUUUUUGUACCUUCUGGCACCAUACCUCAGGCUCGGUGCAAUUCUUGUGCCAAACGGUAUCACCUCGCUGAAAUUUAGCCUUGUAAACCUCUUUGUUGCCGCAGCGUUAUCAGUCUUCUCUCGCAACCUAUGGUUCCUUCUGGCAAGGUACCUCCGGAAGAAUACCGCGGAGGACAUUUUCUUUGAGGUGAUUGCCAAAGGUAUUAGUAGGGCUAAGCGCAGACGACGUGAAAGGAUUCGACGGCUGCUUCUCUGUGUCACUGGGUCGUUGAGAAUCCUGAUGGCAUCUAUGUAUUUACGCGCUUCUGUGGACUCCAUCUAUCCACUUCUACUCGAGGCGCUUCCUGUACAAACCCGACUAAUCGCCACUUUGGUAUUGGGCCUGCUCGUAUUCGCUGUAUCUCUUCCCAAAUCUCUAGCAGCCAAGCAAGUGAUUUGUACAACAUGGUUGUCGAUGAUCUUGUACACUGCAUGGUUAGUCGCUGCGCUGUAUAAUCACACGACUGGCACCGUGAUGCCAAGCCCCACUCUGGUGCAACAUAGCGUACUCUGGAAUGGCACUACAUCUAUUGCGUUCUCGUUCGCAACUUCGUUAACGGUUCCAUUAUCCGCUUCUCUAGCUGGGCGACCUUCUACCCCGUCAAACAAACAGGGCAGAGGAACAUAUUUCCAGAUGCUGAGCAUCUUAUCGACAGUCUUAGCGGCCCUCCUUAUACUGCCAUCAAUUUUGAUGGCCUCCUCACCCAAUGUGCCAGGAGCACUCAGUGAUACACGUAAUAUCAUAGUCCACGUACUCGGAGCAUCUUCUCUCUUGUUGUCCAUCCCUCCCGUGUUGGUUUCUAUUCCUCCUCUACCGGUCCCGCCGGCCGUACGGAGAGCUUGUAAAUUGGACCUCAGCAAGGCCACUCUCAUAUUCGUUGUUGUAUUGCUCAGCUUAUCCCCUCCAUCAAUGGCGACAUUCCUUAAUGACCUCACUCUAUUGUUGGCCCUCGCUGGAACCUAUUUCCUUCCAGCCUGGGCACACAUCACGAUUCAUUAUUUCCGGCGGCCUAUAUCUAUUGUGAUACCUCACUCGGUCCCGAAUACACCACAUGCUAUACAUACGCCUUCUCCGCCACCCAGUCCAGACGCUCUUCUCCAGCGCAAAGAAUGGCUACUCCAGCGAAGGCGACUUGGAAGACGAGUGUUAUGGGAUGUCGGCGUUUGGUUGUUGCUGAUACCCAUCAGCCUAUUUGGAAUGGUUUGGGCGGGUGGCCGACUGGUCGGAAAAUGGUAGUUUUCGGAGCAGCGUACGGUCCCGCAGAAUAGCCUUUGCGUGUCUUCAGAAUCAAGCGUUAUUCCAAAUAUUACGCAUGUCAAACUACUGCGCAUUCCCCAUUCCCCACGCCUGGACAAUUAAUGAUCAUUUGGAAUAGAUCA